GAGCAAAAGGUGAGAACUUGCGCUGAGCAUUGAGCUCUUCAAGGGUAUAAAAGCCUGCCAUGCUUCCCAGCAUCCCCCAUCUCAUUCACGACCCUUCGGCUUCCUCUCACGUAGCCUCUUUCCACUCUCUUCAUUCCACUCUUUACAGUCUUUUCCUAGUCCAAGUCCCAGCCAUCCCCAAUGGCCCGCUUCCUCGCCCUCGUCUCUCUCGCCCUCGCUCUCAUCGUCACCGCGACGCCCACCCCCGAGCGCCGCCUCACCCACGUCCCUCGCGAGGCGACCAAGCUCGCGGCAGACCCCGAGACCGGCACCAUCUACCUCUUCAACAGCCGCGACGAGCCGAUCGGGUCCAUGGAUGGCGAGGCUGCGGAGACCAUUCAUCGCCGCGCAGGUGGCUGCUCUGACAUCAGCGCCGAUGAGGUGCAGAAGCUUCCCGGCUGGGGCAAGCUGAAGGACACGGCGAACUCGAUGUGGGGCGAUUAUCAGCGCGAGAUCAAGACGAACAACCCGGAUUUCCCCGACAAACCGGCUGCUGUCUGCAUCACGAACAACGACGUCGACAUCACGAUCAACGGCGACCCGCAGUGCACGACCCAGUCGCAGUCCAUCGGCGGCUCCGUGGACGGCACCAACGGGACCGUCAUGCUUCAGCAGACCGAGGGCACCGUGUAUACCCUCGAGACCACCACGACUACCCAGGCCUCCGUCGCGCUCGGAAUCUCCGCCUCCGCGACGUUCAAGAUCCCGGAGGUCGCGGAGGACACGUUCAGCACGUCGCUCACGACGACGGUAACCAACACCCUUGGGAAGACUGAGUCCUCGAGCAGCAACCAGCAGACGACGUCGACCGUGACCGCGCAGCAGAAGGAUGGCCAGACGUGCAAGCUUGACUUCGAAACCAAGACCUGCACCACUAAGGGCUCCGGCCAGCUGCCCUUCGUCGCCUCCGGCUGGGUCUGGUUUGUCUAUAAGAACAAGACCAAGGACCACUGGAACUGGGCCCUCCUUAUGGAGGCCUACCUCGACGAGGGCGAGCGCUCGACCUACAUGAACUUCGACUCCGCGGUCGGCACGGAGACGAAGUCACAGUACAACGUUGUGUGCCAGUGAGCCGAUGGGUGCCGGUGAUCUCCCUUCUGAACAGGGAGGUACACACAUCCUGAACGCGAAUCCGCGCGUCUGUCGAUGGGCAAGCAACAAGCAACGGCGGACCGAUCUUGGCGAGAGGGCUACGAAUGUUUCUUAUCCUAUUUAUUGAUACG